UAUAUGGGCUAUGAGGCAGUUCACCGGAGAAUUAAGCAGGCUAAAUUAGAAUGGAAGGCUUAACACUGAUAAUAGUGCUGAUGUCAUGUUUUAUGUUGGGAGGAAAAGGUCAGCAAAUAAGCACGCCAUGCACCUCCUCAAUGAUCUCUACCUUCACUCCAUGUCUCAACUUCAUCACAGGAAGCAGCGGCGGCUCCGUUACUCCCACCGCCGGCUGCUGCGACUCCUUAAAGUCAUUGACCAACACCGGCUUGAACUGUGCUUGCCUUAUCCUCACCGCUAACGUCCCACUGCCCACUGGAUUCAUCAAUCGGACUCUCUCGCUUGCUCUGCCUCGUGCCUGCAAGAUGGACGGUGUACCUGUUCAGUGCCAAGCUGCAGGGACUCCACUACCAGCACCAGGUCCGGUUCCAUUUUUACUGGCUCCACCACCGCCUGUAUCUGCUUUUAGUCCCGGAGCGUCCAAGGCGGCGGCUACAACACCGGUACCUGCACCUGCACCGGAUGCCCUUGCAGAUGGACCAAUGCCCCCCACAGCCAAACAAGGAAUUCGACCCGUGGUUCAGCCAAUACAGCCCACAAGCCUAGCUCAAUUUUCUACGUCUCCAUUUCUACCGUUGCUUUUUAUUAAUCUAAUUCUGUCAACUUUCUAAGCCAAUCGGCGCCUCCAUUAUUCAUAAAAAUAUUACCCCUUAUGUAUGUGUUACUCACUUCUCAGGUACUUCAUUGUGUGUUCAAAGUUCUACAUAUGAUUUCACUAUAUAUAAUGCCAACUCUUGACAAAUUCCAUGUGAAAUAUAACUUCAAUCAUGUUUGAACU